UGCUCAUUGAAAAGACGAAACAGCCAACAAGUUUUCAACUGCAAGCGUGUACUGCAACUUUGAUGUUUCCGAUCAAUCCAAAUGGCGACGCCACGAAGAAAGGGAAACCUCGGGGUAGGAAAAAGAAGCCACGCAAGUGGACUAAACCUGAUGGAAUGCCCAAGCGUCCACUAUCAGCAUAUAACCUAUUCUUCAGGCACGAACGCAGGAAACUACUGGACGCUUCCUCACCAAGCAUUGAAGACAACGAAGAAACCAACGCGAUUGUAGCCGAAAGCAAGAUUGGAUUUGCUGUCUUAGCUCGAACGAUUGCAUCAAAGUGGCGAGAUCUUGAAGAAAACGAAAAGAUCCCUUAUGUCCAACAAGCUGAAAUAGAGCAGGAACGCUACAAAAGAGAGGUCGAGGAAUGGCAACGUCUCGGUUUGGACCCGAGACAGAAAAAUCCGGAAGCCUCAAACGCUUGCAAUGCUGAAUUGUUUAUAGACAACCAGCACAAUCUCGACAGUUAUAGAAAGCCAAAUGCUUCGUUCUCCGUCCAGCGGCACACUUCUUCCCACAAGGCAAACAUUUCUCCGUUCAAUGUUCCACAGUCUAGUCGGACCUCCAAUUCCAGCACCUUUUCUUUGCAAGACCUCGUUCAAUCUUCCGCGACUCCCGAAUUUUGGGAAAAAGAGGGAAGAGCUGAUCUACCGAGCUCGCAAAACAAAUUCGCUACAUCUGUUGAGAGCGCUCUUCAUCAACAUCAACCUUAUCAAUUUCGCCAGCUACAUCAAGAAAAAGAUUUCUUUGAAACAGUUGAAUCUAGUAGUUAUGAUCAAGCGUAUGCACCUCUACAACCUUUUGCGGCGUCCAUCAACAAGUCGCCGAAAACUCAAAAAGUAAAGGAUACAGCACGAGGAGACAACUUGGCUGAAGGGACGGAAGCAUUCUGGUCAGAGGCGACCAAGAAUUUUGCCUUGCCAUCCCAGGUCGAAGAUCAGAAACUCCCGGCAAAUGACGAAUAUCAAACGACACAUGCAACGCAAGCAUCUCUCCAGCAACUGCAAGAAAAGUUGAGCAGCGAAGAAAUAUCCUUUCUGAAGAAGUUGGGUUGAUGCUAAUUCAUAAUUUUUAUGUUAGCUAGCU